CUGUCCUGGCGGUUAAGUCAUCACAAACUCCAAGGCGUGACCCUUUCAUCUGUAGAUCUAUCACCUCGAUCUAACCUUGCGAUAAAAGCUAAAAGAACAAUCGACGUGUGUUGAGGAGUAUGCCUUCUCCGCUUGGAUCGUAUGUGGUCGUGCGCUACCAAUCUCACCUCGUACUGGCCUGUCAGAUUACCUUGCCUGUACCACUUCAAGCUGCCUGUGUCCAUGAUCCCUUCAACGGGUGCCCCUCACGAAGCUGAUUGUUCUCGAAGGAGUGACUGGGCCCUAGACCGAGUCAUCUGCCCCAGAAGCGAGGCUUGGCCUAUCAUUCUGGCCGCGCACCAUGCAAUGAUUAUCUCGGCAUUAGCUUGCAGGCGGAUGCUCCGAUCUCUCGUUGAGCGGCGUCCAAUUACAGCGCAAAGGCGCGUAAGAAUAGAGCGGCUACCAUGGACAUUCGUCAAGAGUUUUCUCUGGGGUGGGAGCUGUAGCAGUAUGGUGCGACACGUUAGCAAGAGUCUAAUGGAGACCUCGCUGAGUCGGAGAGUAUCUUUGUCUCUGGCUACGGCAACGUCUUGGAUGCAGAAUCGGCGGAGUCGAUGAUCGCUUGGUGAUGUACAAUACUCCGACUCCGAUCGGCCGCUCAAGCAACCCUUGAGCCGAUGGAAUAACUACGUAUGACUAUCUCCGAUGAGUGCUGACCUACUUCGAGCUUGACUGGCCCGCAACAUCCACAAAUGGAAGCC